UAUUCUCAUUGAUUGAUCGUCGACGUCGAUUGGUUGAUUGACGUAGCGUAUUCUUUCUUUUUGGUUGAGACAGGAACGGCCAACAACUUGCAGUAUGGCACCGAAAAAGACUUCAAAAGUAGCCCCUCCUCCUUCUGCUCUCGUUAAAAAGCAACCGAAAAAGACAACCAAAGAGAAAAACCCUUUGUUUGAAAGCCGACCCAAGAACUUUAGCAUUGGUGGAGAUAUUCAACCAAAGAGAGACGUUUCUCGUUUCGUUCGCUAUCCGAAAUAUGUGCGUCUUCAAAGACAGCGCAAAAUUCUUUUGACCAGACUGAAGGUGCCACCAGCAAUCAAUCAGUUUACGCAUACUUUGGACAAGAACGUUGCUAAACAGCUAUUUCGCUUGUUGAUGAAGUACAGACCGGAAUCCAGGUUAGAAAAGAAGCAACGCUUGCGUGCUAUGGCGGAGACCCGAGUUGCAGGUCAAGAUCCUACACCUACCAAGAAACCCGUAUUUGUAAAACACGGUGUGAAUCAUGUAGUGGAAUUGGUUGAGCAGAAAAAAGCGUUAUUGGUGGUUAUUGCACACGAUGUGGCGCCUAUCGAACUCGUCGUUUAUUUACCAGCCUUGUGUCGCAAAAUGGAUGUUCCGUUCUGUAUUGUGAAAGGCAAGUCCUCACUGGGUACAAUAGUCCACAAGAAAACUGCCACCUGCCUUGCCUUUACGGAUGUAAAGCCAGAGGAUAAGCCGGAGUUUAGUAAACUUGUGGAUAUUGUGCGUUCUCAAUACAACGAUAAAUAUGCAGAGUUGAGGAGACAAUGGGGAGGCGGUAUCCUCGGUGCGAAAAGUCUUCAUCGUUUGGAGAAACGACGCAAGGCAGUAGAAGAAGAAGAAGCAAAGAGAAUGAAAACUUAAGUAUUUUCGAAGGUAUCAUAAAUAUUCUAGAGAUAUUUUUACAGUUCAACCAAAGAAUAAAAAGCUUCAACUUUGUCCCUUAGCUCUGCACUUGCAGUGGACCAAGUGACUGGAGAUGAAGGUGUUGCCUACACAGUAUUCAACUUUCA